AUGAACCAGCGCGCUAGAGUGAUCUCUGUCUACAAGCAGUUAUACCAUCUAGGUAAAGAGUAUCCGAAAGGAAAAGAUUGGUUCCACACCAGACUGAAGGCGGCAUUCCUGAAAAAUCAGCAUUGGAUGGUUUGGAGAGGAGGAGGCAUUGCUGGCGGCGAUGAAGACGUGGUUGAAGGCGAUGGAGAGGUCGUUGGUGUUGAAGAAAAU